GAAGCAGAAGUAGCAGAAGACACAUUUCCGCAAAGCAUCGCCCACCAGCAGUGACGCCUCGCCUCACUUUUGUACCAGAAGUGAAAUAUUACCCUGACUAACUUACAUAUUAGUGAUCAAAACACUUGUCAUUUGGCUGAGUUUUGAUAUUCACUCAAGAUGCAAAAAUUCAGAAACCUCUUCCGACCCUGGACCUCCACCGCGAGGCUGGAGGACAAGACGGUGGUCAUCACGGGGGCCAACACCGGCAUAGGCAAGGAGACAGCCCUCGACCUGGCCAAGAGAGGUGCCCGGAUCAUCAUGGCAUGCAGGGACGCAGAGAGGGGCGAGGCGGCCGUGAAGGAGGUGGUGGACGGCUCCCAGAACACCAACGUGGUGUACAUGAAACUGGAUCUAUCGGACACCAAGUCGAUCAGAGAGUUCGCCGAAGCCGUCAACCAAGGCGAGUCCAAGCUCAACAUCCUCAUCAACAACGCUGGCAUCAUGGCCAUUCCAUACGGAAAGACAGCGGACGGAUUUGAAAUGCAAAUCGGAGUCAACCACUUUGGUCACUUCCUGUUGACCCACCUGCUGAUCGACCUGAUCAAGCGCUCAGCGCCUGCCCGGAUCAUCAACGUGUCGUCCAUGGCCCACGCCUGGGGAGCCAUGAACUUUGACGACCUGAACAGUGAGAAGAGCUACGAAAAAAAGGCCGCCUACCAACAGAGCAAGCUGGCCAACGUCCUGUUCACGCGCUCGCUGGCCAAGAAGCUAGAAGGGACCGGAGUGAUGGCCUACUCGCUACACCCAGGGGUGGUGCAGACGGAGCUGUGGCGCCACCUGAACGGGCCCCAGCAGACCAUCAUGAAGAUAGUGAGCCCCUUCACCAAGACCUGCGUCCAGGGGGCCCAGACCUCCAUCUACUGCGCCGUGGAGCCGGCCCUGGAGGACCAGAGCGGUGGAUACUACAGUGACUGUGCCCUGGCUAGCAGCUCCGCCGAGGGGCAGAGCGAGGAGUCGGCCAAGAGGCUGUGGGAGAUGAGCUGCCAGCUGCUCUCCGUGUCCUGGGACUGAGCCUCCCUCCACCAGCCCUGGGGAGUCACCAAACACAGCCCUAACGCCUUACGUUAGCACUCAAUCAAUCUGUUACUGUUUACUAACUGUUUUUUUUUUAAAUGUCCCAUUAUAUAUAUUCAUGUAUAUCUAUAUAAAAUAAAUAGUAUUUUUCUUCUGAUUUUAAAUUUAAUGGCAAAUUUAAACUUGUCAAACCAAUUUAGUUUUUCCACGUCUGUUAAGAAUCAUUUUCAUGGCUAGCCUCUUAAUAUUUAUAUGAGCUGUGUAGCACACCCUAUUUAGCCUAACCAUUUGUCAUGUUUAGACAGUAUAGAAGAAAUCUCCAUGUGCAUUAAAAUUAUGGAAAAUCCCAAAACACAGGAUAGAAAAACACAAUAACAAUUACACAUGAUAGCAAGCACCAGGAUUACACUAGUUAUGCUUAGCUGCUAAGAGACUGGUGUGACCAGGGUUCCUGUCUCAAUUCAGACAGCACUCCGGAGGGCCCCACAAACAGGUUAGGAUCUGGCUCUUAUCAUUUCCUCAAAUGUUCAUGUUUGGACCAGAAAUAGAUCUUCAGUAAACCUGGCAAAUCUAAUUCAUGUUCCUUAUCACGUCCAAAAUGACAUGGAAAAUGUGUUUAGUGCACUAAUCCUUAAGAAAUCUUUAGCCUUUUGAUGUCUUAGGCAGGCAAACCAGUUAUAAUGAAUGAUUUAAUCAUAGAGAAUAACCAGAGUAGGUAUGACAGGAUGAGUAGUGUCCCUGUUUAAAAAUGCUUAACAUUUAGGGAAGAUAUUUUUUGGAAAGAUUGCAUCUUUGGAUAUCUUGCUCUUGAAAUCUGCCUCAUGUUCUGCAAUUAACAAAAACGGUUCAAGAAUUGUAAAAUGUGGCUUAAAAAUGAUUUUUUUUAUCUGCAUAACUUAAAGAAAAAAGAAAAGUAGCAUGAUGGGUUCCCUACGGCUAAACGAUUGGGCUACUUCUGUUCAACCUUUAUAAGCUCCCACUUUUUUUUUUUUUUUUUUAUCAAUAUAGCCUACCACAAAUAUGCAUACUACUGAAAUGUACAUUUAUUUAUUAACAGGUCACUGUUCCGAUUGUUACACUCAUCAACUUUAUUAAGCAUGUCAAUGCCUGGAUGGGCCACUACUAUUUGUCGAGCCAGAGAGGAAAGAGUUAAACAUUAAACACUUGUAUUGGAUCUCUUAUCAUUGCUGCUGCAAAAAAAAGUCGGAAACGUGAAUUUUAAUGCCCACAUUAUAUUCACCUUAAGAGCAUAGAGCGCUCUGACUGCACACUGAUCCCAGGGUUCAAAUCAAGCAUAAUGAGCAGCUUUUAGUUUCUAUGCACCACAGCUCUAGAACAAGAUUCCAGAACAUGUGAGGUCUGCCUCAACACUAUUCCUUUAAACCAGGGCUCAAAACAACUGUUUGCUGCAGUUUUUCAAUAAACAAUGAAUGUGUGCAAACCA